UGUCCAGCUGCAAAUUGUAUUGUAUGCAUCAGUAUGCAUAAUGAUGUAUGUUUCUUGCAUCCUGAUUGAUGGAAUACUUAUUUAUCAUAAUUCGUUAAAUUACUAAUUGAAAUACCUUGUAUUGACAAUAUAACUAUUAUGCCUUAUUAUAUCUUUAAAUUAUUAUAGUAUGUCCGUCCGCAGACCAAUUAGAAUAUGUAUAUUUUGGGUAGCGAAACUGGAUUCGACGAGCCGCUUAUGUUUUAUUUACAGUCUGUCCGUUGUAAAUAGAGAAAGCAACGUGUGUCCACCGUGCUGUGUGUGGUGUUUUCUUCAGCUGCUUCGACCAGAAAUUCUAAUUAAACGACAUACGAGUUUGUUUAUUUGUUGCAAAACAGUAUUUUUUUUAACCGCAGAUCGAGUGUUUUCGGUGACCAAAGUUUUACCCGGAUGUCUUUGAGUCUUCUCAUAUCUUAACAAGGAAAUGUUAUGUCCCUUGAGCAAGUGUUAAGUGUAUUUACAGGGCUGCGAUUUCCUUCGUGAUGGGCGCCACAAUCAGCUCCUACUCCUAUCCACAGAGGGUCUAUAACUAUGUUAUGAACAGGAAGAGGAAGCUGGAUGAAUCGGAUACACAGGAUGAAAUGGACAAGAUCAUCGACAUUGCAAUGCAUACACCAAAGAGGAAAAAGCUGUGCAGUACAGUGGCGUAUAUAUAUCAAGCACUGUUCGUCGAGGGAAGGGAUUCGGAUGUGACGGUGGUGGCAUUGGGCGAGGAAUUUCCACUGCACAAGGUGUACCUGAGCCAGAGUCCGUAUUUUGCAAGCAUGUUCGGUGGUAACUGGAAGGAGACUGGUCAGACCAGGAUUCACAUCGAUGUUGUUGAUCCAUUCAUAACGAAGGAAGCUCUCCACACAGUGCUCGGAGCGCUCUACAGCGACGAGGUAAAGCUUGAGCCGCUGAAUAUUGUGAGCGUUCUAGCUACGGCUACCAUGCUUCAGCUUGGCGGUCUCAUUGAUAGAUGCUGCGAGGUGAUGUUGGAAACGAUAAAUCCGCACACCGCUCUUCACUAUUAUGAGGCCGCAUGCCAAUACGGCGAUCUGAAGUUAAAAGAGAACUGUUUCCAAUGGUUCCUCGUUAAUUUAAUCACUUACUAUUCGUCCAACGUGGAGGAACUGAAGACCAUACCGAUUUCUCUAAUGGAGAAUUUGACCAACCAUUCGGGGUUGUGUGUUGUAAAAACAGAGAUUACGCUAUAUAUCCUGCUUAAGCAAUGGAUGUACAUGCAGCUGCAUGAGAACCCGUUUCCAUUUGAUGCCACCAAUGUUGUUGAAUAUUUUAGCAGUCGAAAAGGCGAGAUGCCAUUGCUGCUGACGGAGCUUGGCAGCAAGUAUGAACGGGUCUUCAGGGCGUUGCGUAUGCAACACCUGAUCUCGCACCAUGUGGACGUCGGAAUAAUGUUGCGGGAUAACAUAAUUCCACGAUCCUGGAUUGAGAGUGUAAUAAUGCAUGGUUGGAAGUACACCCUAAUGGUAAAUGAGAAUGAGGUGAGGGGUCCGGAGGAAUGCACCGACGAGGAGUUCUUGGAGAUUGCGCUCCGUUGCGGACGCUUCCUACCUAUCAAGGAGAAAAACAUGUGGAGGUGGACAGGCUUCCACUACGGCCUAGAUCUGAUCAUGAUUGCGGAUGAUCGAACUGUCUCCAUCAAACGAAACCAUCGGCCGGAGUACGAGUUAUUGCUCAGCCUGCAGACCAUACGUUAUAUAAUCAUCCGCGUAACGGUGCACAGCCUUAAUCAGCAAAAGCAAAUUACCUACACCCAAACGUCCGGCAUUCAUAGGCUUCCCCUCAACAAGUCUGAAGAGAUUGUUCUGAUGACCUUCCCUCCAGACAUCAAUUUCCCCUUGGUUCUGUCCGCUAAUAUCCUUUUUACCACUCCGUUCUCCGACGAUUGGACGACGGACUCCAGCAUCCAAUCCAUUUAGCGACUUGCACCUCCCCCAACAGCACGUACGCAUAAAGAAAUAAUUAAACUGUGAUUAACUUAAAAAUAAUAAUAAUAAUAUA